CGGGGCGGGGCGGCCCCGCGCGGGGCACGCCGGGAAUAUGGAGAACUUCUCGGCGCUGUUCGGCGCGGCAGAGCCGCCGCCCGCUGCCGCCGCCGCGCUCGGAUUCGGGCCCGCCAAGGCGCCGGGCGCCGCGGCCGCACCGCCGCCCGCCGCCUCGGCCGCCGCGCCGCCGCCGGGCGAGGACGCGGCCCGCAAGGCCGCCGGCGGCCCCUUCUACCUGCUGCGGGAGCUGCCAGGCACUACAGAGCUUACGGGCAGCACCAACCUGAUCACACACUAUAACCUGGAGCACGCCUACAACAAGUUCUGCGGGAAGAAGGUGAAGGAGAAGCUCAGCAACUUCCUCCCCGACCUGCCCGGCAUGAUCGACCUGCCCGGCUCCCACGACAGCAGCAGCCUGCGCUCGCUCAUCGAGAAGCCGCCCAUCUGUGGCAGCUCCUUCACCCCGCUCACGGGUGCCAUGCUGACCGGCUUCCGCCUGCACGCCGGCCCGCUGCCCGAGCAGUGCCGGCUGAUGCAUAUCCAGCCGCCUAAGAAGAAGAAUAAGCACAAGCACAAACAGAGCCGCACGCAGGACCCAGUCCCCCCAGAAACACCCUCGGACUCCGACCACAAGAAGAAAAAGAAGAAAAAAGAGGAGGAUCCGGAGCGGAAGAGGAAGAAGAAAGAGAAGAAGAAAAAGAAGAAUCGGCACAGCCCGGAGCACCCGGGGGUGGGCAGCUCCCAGGCCAGCAGCAGUUUACGGUGAGGCCACACCGGCAACGCCCUGGGGAUCCCCCGGCCCAUGGGAACAGCCCCAGCUGACCCCAGGGACUCUGGGGCUGGCCUGGCCCCCUGGCUAAGAGGACACCCCUGCAGCCCCCCAGGACCAGGGGCACGGACUCUGUGGGUGCUGGCCUCGGGCUUUUGUACCUGAAGAACCUGGAGCAUCAAAGCCUCUUUUAGUUACUUUUUAAAGUCUGCUCUGAGGAGGGGCUGGUGGCCAUGGCUGCUGUGACCCUCAGCUGUCAUGGAGGAGCCCAAACCAAGGUGUCCUUGGAGCGUGCGGGGUGCCCUCCUCUGGAUCCCAAACCUCACCAGCACCCACGACACCUUCCCUGGAACUGCUUUUCCCAUGCCUGGAAAAUUCUUACCUUCUGUGGGAGCAGAGUUUGCCUCAAGGCGGUGCCUCCCCAAAACUGGGCCAGGCUCAGCUCUUACCAGACCCCCUUCUCUCUCUCUCUCUC